GCGAGGACACCCUCCUCCUGGGCUGGAGCGGUUUACCUGCGGAAAGGAAAUUCACCUGGGCUGGGGAAACCUCUGCAAAGUGCUGUUCGGACUAAGAACCAAGAACCAACUGAUGUAAUAUUUUUGCAUGGAAGACAAAGGGGAAAAUUCGUUGUCUCUUUUCAAGUGAGCUUUUAAAAGAGUUCAUAAUCAUGAACCACGCCGGGGCUACGAAGUGCGUUCCAGUUCGAUCUCGCGCGCUUGGCGCGUCCGUCCGUCGCGUGGCGAUGUGAGCGGCGAUGACCGCGAGGACGAGCAUGGGCUCCGAGCUCCCCGCGACGAACGGCUCCGCGGACGCGGCCAGCCUCGGCGGCGCGGAGGGCGCGUUCCCGCGGCACGUGCUCGCCAUCCUGGCCGUGCUCAUGGUCACGCUGGUAGUGGUGACGGUGCUGGGCAACGCGCUGGUCAUCUACGCGUUCAAGGUGGACCGCAGCCUCCGGCGGCAGAGCAACUACUUCCUCCUGAACCUGGCCGUGUCGGACUUUCUGGUCGGUGCGUUUUGCAUCCCGUUCUACAUCCCGUACGUCCUGACUGGCAGGUGGAUGCUGGGAAGGGGCCUCUGCAAGCUGUGGCUGGUGAUGGACUACCUGCUGUGCACGGCCUCCGUCUUCAACAUCGUCCUCAUCAGCUAUGACCGCUUCCUGUCGGUGACCCGAGCUGUGGCGUACCGAGCGCGGCAGGGUGCAGCGAACCCUGCCAUCCUGAAGAUGGCCGCUGUCUGGGUCCUGGCCUUCCUGCUGUAUGGCCCGGCCAUCAUCUUCUGGGAGUGGGCGGUGGGGAAGAGUCGCGUGCCGAGGGGCGAGUGCUUCGCCGAAUUCUACUACACCUGGUACUUCCUGUUAAGCGCCUCCACCCUCGAGUUCUUCUCGCCCUUCGUCUCGGUGGCCUUCUUCAACCUGAGCAUAUACCUGAACAUCCGUCGGCGCAACCGCUGCUGGGCCGACCAGGCCCGUGGCCCUAAGAGCCCACUGCCGGGGGGCGGAGCUCCCAUCGCGGAGAAGGGCACGGUCUCCGCGGAAACGAGGCUCGUGUGCCCCCGUGGCCCCACCCCCGAGGGUAGCCCCGCCGGCACCGGCAACCGCAGCUCUCAGAACUUGCGCCUGUCCCGGGACAAGAAAAUUGCCAAGUCGCUGGCUGUCAUCGUGUGCGUGUUUGGCGUGUGCUGGGCACCCUACACUCUCCUCAUGAUCAUCCGCGCCGCCUGCAGCGGGCGCUGCGUCGAGCGCCACUGGUACGAGGUCACCUUCUGGCUCCUUUGGCUCAACUCGGCCAUCAACCCCUUUCUGUACCCGCUGUGCCACAGCAGCUUCCGCAGGGCCUUCGCCAAGAUCCUGUGCCCCCAGCGGGGGGCACCGCAGCACCUGGGAGAGCAUCACUGCUGCCAAUGACCCCCCUCCCCUUCCAGCAGAGGCCCAAGUGCUGGGAUGACUGCAAAACCACAGUGAUGACUGGCGUCGCACAUCUGCCUGUCCUGUCUGUAUGUCUCAUGCGCUUAGACAGCAAGGAAUUGUUUGCUAGAUGAAUGAAGCCAUAAAGAGCCCUUUUCAGAGGUGUUCAUCUACGUACGUACAGCAGGUCUCACUCGCGCCACCUACGGCGUGAAUCGGGCUCGGCCACCGCUUACUUCUUUUACUGCCCAUUUCUGUGGCCGGUCAACCGCAGAAAUGGCCACACUGUUAUUAAAAACAAAAUCGCUAAAUAAUUUUGUUCCCGAACUCUAGUGAGAAUCUAAGUCAAAUAUAUACACAU